AUGAUUAAAAAGCUGGCCGAACAGGAAACGACAUUCGUCGAGAAGCUUGUCCCUUUGCUGGUACAGAUAACGAUAAAGCAAUUCGAAGAGUCAAUCAUCGAUAGCAUGGGCAGCUUUAUUAAUGAGUUUUUCAACGAGUUCGCUGCCAUUCAAAAUGAGGUUCACAAUAUUUUCAAUGACCCGAAAGCUAUUCAACUGAUGCUUACCAUCGUGGAGUGUGUUCGGAUACAUAAUCAAUGCUUUCCACAGUACAAAAUUUCCGUUAACUAUCUACGAAUCGCACAAGCGUCUCAAUUCUGUCAGGCACACUUUAAAGCCAUCCUGUAUGGUGACCUCUGGUACCGGGAGGAAGAGGAGCAAGGCAAGCAUGAUGCCAAACGACACCCGGAACUGCAAAACAUAAUGAAAUCAUGCCAUUUGGCGAUCGGCGUAAACGAUGCAGUUAAAUCAUUCCUCAACCCAAUCCAGGAACGGAUGGAAUAUUACCGUCUAGAGCAGAAUUACGCCAGAUGCUUGGUUAUGCAAGAUGCAAGCACACCGUGGUCGCAAGAUACCGCCCUGGACAGUGCGGGCACACAGAAUGCCAUCUUGCAAACACUGAAAGACUCCUCACUGUACGGUUUGGCUAGAUCGUUACAUGUCGCACCGCAACAGAUUGAUUACGAGUGUGCCUGGCGGCUGUCCGACUGGAAUGUACUAUUCGACGCGGACGGCGGUGUUGGUCCCAAUGUCCCGAAGAGAGCACCGGCUGCCGGUUCGAGCGCGCUGCUCCUACAGUCGCGAUCCUUCGAGCGAGCGCAUUACAAAGCGCUCAAGUGUUUGCAGCUGCGCGAUGAACUCGCGGUGGAAAGUGCGAUCGUGGCAGCGCAGCGUGCCGUUAGCGAACUUUUCAAGCUUACCAGCAUCGAAUCCACCAAACACAUCUACCACGGGCUGUGCCGGUUGCGGAUGCUGCAGCAGAUCGAAGACUUCGGUGAGGUACACUUCUCCAGACAGAUCGACUGCGAGCAGGACCUGCUGAACCGGUGGAGGGAACAGGACGAGCUGCCGCACAGCGAGUUCACGCUGCUGGAAACGAUCCUUUCCCAGCGGCUGUCCAUCUUCAGCACGGCCGGGAUUCGUGCGAAACGUAAAUGGGUACCGCCGGCAGUGUACAGCACGCUGCUGCUGCUGAUCCACGAAUCGCGCCUGCGAGGCUUCGUGGACUGUGCGGUACGGAAUGUAGUGCUGAUCGGGAAGCAGGAGCUGCCGGCCAACGUGCAGUCGGUGGUGAUGCUGGAAAAUGCACAGCUCAAUUGGGUGGGCCAGCCGGUGCUGGCGAAGGAGUUGGCGUGGGAAGUAAUGAACAGCGCCAAGUACACUGAUCCGAUGGUGAAGGGAGUGGCGUGUCGCCUUUACGGUGAGUUCCUUGCCGAAGGACACUCGCAGGAGAUCAAGUCGCUAUGCUCGGACUACUUUCAACAAGCGGAAAAAUAUGUCCAGUUUGUGCUGUCGCGACAGGCGGCGGCGACGGCUGCGGGUGGCGAACAGAAAACCUCGCCCGGAACGUUCCCGCUAACCAUCGUUGCUUCGACGUGGAUCGUAACUUCACCGUGCAGCACACCGUCGCGAAGUACGCGGAUCGUGAAUUUGUGCGGGUAG